AGGCUCUCUCUUUGUUGAACCCUUUGUAUCCGUCUCCAAUCUCCAUCUUGUAUUCUCUAUCUAUCUUCAAGUUCAAUCAUGAUUUAGAUUGCAACAAGGGAACUUAAAGUCGAGAACUUUACUUUGCUUUACUGCAUUGAACGAGAUAUCAGCCACCGUUUGGGAUCGGCGGAGGCUGAUCGAGUUGCAGCAGAGCAGACGCUGGGAGAGUUACGAAGUUUACACUUUUGCCCAUGUCGAUUUGCUGUCAUUUACGAGAAAACCACCUCUGUUUUCAACCGCUCUAGAUAUCCAAGCCGUCGUCUUUCGUCGCCGAGCCUGGGAUUCAAGAGACUCAGUCCAAAUUUCAGCUUAUCUCUUCUUCUUCCUCUCGUUAAUUAAGUCCAAUUUGCAGGGUUUUAGGGAUUUAGCAUAAAUAUAUCGCUUUUCCAAAAUUGCCCUUGUGAGCUCUCUCUCCUUUCUCUCUCUCAUGGCCACCGUCGCGCUUCUUCGGUCUCUCCGCCGCCGUGAACUCCACGCAGCUUCCGUCUCUGCGUAUGAAUUCAGCUCUGUUAGCGCCGGCGGGAGGACGACGGAGCUCCGGUUACAUGGAGUCAAAGAUAUCAUCGCCGUUGCGUCCGGUAAAGGCGGAGUUGGAAAGUCUUCUACAGCUGUUAACUUAGCUGUUGCAUUGGCCAACAAAUGUGAACUGAAGAUUGGAUUGCUUGAUGCGGAUGUGUACGGACCAUCUGUUCCAAUCAUGAUGAAUAUCAAUCAAAAACCUCAAGUAAACCAAGAUAUGAAGAUGAUUCCAGUUGAGAACUAUGGAGUUAAAUGCAUGUCCAUGGGACUCCUUGUAGAAAAAGAUGCACCAAUUGUGUGGAGAGGUCCUAUGGUAAUGAGUGCUCUUGCUAAGAUGACAAGAGGAGUUGAUUGGGGAAAUCUUGAUAUUCUUGUUGUCGAUAUGCCUCCUGGAACCGGUGAUGCUCAAAUUACCAUAUCCCAAAAUCUUAAACUCUCAGGUGCUGUAAUUGUCUCAACUCCACAAGAUGUUGCGCUUGCUGAUGCUAAUCGAGGAAUCUCUAUGUUCGAAAAAGUUAGAGUACCUAUUUUGGGACUUGUGGAGAACAUGAGUUGCUUUGUUUGUCCUCACUGUAACGAAGCUUCUUUCAUAUUUGGGAAAGAAGGAGCACGCCAGAUGGCUGCAAGGAAGGGUUUGAAACUCAUCGGUGAGAUUCCACUGGAAAUGAAGAUCAGAGAAGGUUCUGAUGAAGGUGUUCCUGUGGUUGUUUCUUCACCUGGUUCUGUAGUAUCAAAAGCUUAUGAGGAUCUAGCUCAAAACGUGGUAAAUGGACUCAAGGAGCUACGAGAUAAUCCAGAGAGUGAGAUUCAGAUGAAACUUAACGUUCCACAUUCUGGCCGCUCAUCAUAGAACAAGCCAUGAGAGCAAGAGGCAACGAACCCAAGUUUGUCUUGCUGAUUCACCUUCUCAGAUUGUGGUACCAAAUAUUGCAAUUAUUGAGAAGAAAAGAGAAGAAUGUAUUUGCAGAGGACAAAAGACACACUCUUUAUGAACCAUGUAAAACAGCAGAUCAAUGUGAAGGCUUUCAUUUAUUAGAUAGGAAGAUGAUAAAUCUAAAUAAGGCAUGUAGAGGCUUUUGACAAAAGGCAUUCAAUGCUAUGUGUAAGACAUGUUGAGAUCAAUUCACAAUGUAAGAAUAGA